GGCGGCGGCGGCGGUACCGGGAUGGCCCGGGCCGGUACGGCGGCGGCAGCGGCGGGGCGGCGGCAGCGAGCGCUGCUGCUGCUCAUGGUGCUGCUGCCCGAGCCGGGCCACCGGAGCCGGGCCGGGGGGCGGCGGAGGCGGCGGGGAGAAGGCGGUGAUGGCGUUGCCGGGACCCCCGGGCCGCCCCCCGUUCGCCCGUUGCUGCUGCUGCUGCCGCUGCCGCCGCCGCCGCCGCUGCCUCCGCCCCGCAACGCCGCCGCCGCCCGCCCGGAGGCGCUGCCCCGGGGGGGGGUCCCCCUGAAGGAGGAGCCGCUGAGCGCGGGGCUCCCCGCCGGCCGCUGGCUGCAGGGCACCGGCAUCCUUGAUGCCAGCGCGGCGGCGCAGAGCGGGGUGUCGCUGGCCCGCGCUCACUUCGAGAAGCAGCCGCCGGCCAACCUGCGCAAGUCCAACUUCUUCCACUUCGUGCUGGCCAUGUACGACCGCCAGGGCCAGCCCGUGGAGGUGGAGCGCACCUGCUUCAUCGACUUCGUGGAGAAGGAGCGGGAGCAGAACGGGGAGAAAACCAACAACGGGAUCCACUACCGGCUGCAGCUGCUCUACAGCAACGGGCUCCGGACCGAGCAGGAUUUGUACGUCCGCCUCAUUGACUCCAUGUCCAAGCAGGCCAUCAUUUACGAGGGGCAGGACAAGAACCCCGAGAUGUGCCGGGUGCUGCUGACCCACGAGAUCAUGUGCAGCCGCUGCUGUGACAAGAAGAGCUGCGGGAACCGCAACGAGACCCCCUCGGACCCCGUCAUCAUCGACAGGUUUUUCCUCAAGUUUUUCCUCAAGUGCAACCAGAACUGCCUGAAAAACGCCGGGAACCCGCGGGACAUGCGGCGCUUCCAGGUGGUGGUGUCCACCACGGUGCACGUGGACGGCCACGUCCUGGCCGUGUCCGACAACAUGUUCGUCCACAACAACUCCAAGCACGGCCGGCGCGCCCGGCGCCUCGACCCCUCCGAAGCAGCCACCCCCUGCAUCAAGGCCAUCAGCCCCAGCGAGGGUUGGACCACGGGCGGUGCCACCGUCAUCGUCAUCGGGGACAACUUCUUCGAUGGCCUCCAGGUGCUCUUCGGCACCGUGCUGGUGUGGAGCGAGCUCAUCACCCCCCACGCCAUCCGCGUGCAGACCCCCCCCCGCCACAUCCCGGGGGUCGUGGAGGUGACAUUGUCCUACAAGGCCAAGCACUUCUGCAAGGGCGCCCCGGGACGCUUCGUCUACACCGCCCUGAACGAGCCCACCAUCGACUACGGCUUCCAGCGGCUGCAGAAGGUGAUCCCGCGGCACCCCGGGGACCCCGAGCGCCUGCCCAAGGAGGUGCUGCUGAAGCGCGCGGCCGACCUGGUGGAGGCACUUUAUGGGGUCCCCCACAGCAACCAGGACGUGCUGCUGAAGCGGGCGGCUGACGUGGCCGAGGCGCUCUACAGUGUCCCCAGGGCCCCCGCGCAUGUCACUGUCCCCUCCUUCGGCGGGGGACAGCUCGGCCUCGCCAUGGGCGACUCCCCGCAGGGCUCCGAACAAGGGUUCUCGCGCAGCCCCGGGACGCCCCCGGCGCGGGGGUUCGGCCCCCCGGGCUCGGCCCCCCAGCAGGGCUUUGCCGGGGCCACCAGCGGCUUCGGCGGGGCCACCAUGGCCGGGCUGGGGGUCCCCGGGUCCCCUCCGAGCUUCCUGAACGGCUCCACCGCCACCUCCCCCUACGCCAUCCUGCCCGCCAGUCCCCCUCUGGGCGCCUCGUCCGUCGCUGUCACCUCGGGCCCGGGCUCGGCCACCUCUCCCGGUGGCUUCUCCUUCUCUCCGGUGACGAUGAUCUCGGCCGUGAAGCAGAAGAGCGCCUUCGCCCCCGUGCUGCGGCCACAGGGGUCCCCCCCGCCCGCCUGCGCCAGCGCCCUGCAAGACCCACCUUUCGAGGACUCGGACAAAUUCCACGCUCCGGCGCGGCCGCUCCAGGGACUGGCCUAUUCCUAAGGACGCCCAUCCCGCCGGGACAAGGACUGGGGACAUCCCUGUCCCCUGGGCCAUCCCCUCAGAGAUGGGUGGGGCCGCCAGGCGCAGCGGGAUCAGGGGACCCGGCCCCACGAUGUCCCCACCCCGGGUGGCCCCGGCCUGGCCCGGCUGAGGGGGGACACGGGGAAAUCCUGGAAGGAGCCAAAAUUCCCGGGUUUGGCCUCGGGAAGAGGUGGAGAGAGCCGGGAAUGGGGGCACCGGGAUGGGCGGGAGGGGUGGUCCGGGAUGGGAGGGAUGGAAGCUCUGGAAAGGGAUGGAUGAUCCAAGGUGGGAUGGAUGCUCCAGGUGGGAUGGAUGCUCCAAGGUGGGAUGGAUGCUCCAGGUGGGAUGGAAGCUCUGGAAAAGGAUGGAUGCUCCAAGGUGGGAUGGAUGCUCCAGGUGGGAUGGAUGUUCUAAGGUGGGAUGGAAGCUCUGGAAAAGGAUGGAUGCUCCAAGGUGGGAUGGAUGAUCCAGGUGGGAUGGAAGCUCUGGAAAAGGAUGGAUGCUCCAAGGUGGGAUGGAUGAUCCAGGUGGGAUGGAAGCUCCAGAAUAGGUUGCAUGAUCCAGGUGUCAUGGAUGAUCUGGGAUGAGAUAGAUGCUCCAGGUUGGGAUGGAUGUUCCAAGGUUAGAUGGAAGCUCUGGAAAUGGAUGGAUGAUCCAAGGUGGGAUAGAAGUUUUGGAAAA